AAGUUGGACACAUUCCUACUCUGCUCCAAGCACGCAACCGCCACCCGCAAUGACUUUUGAACUAUCGCGAUGACUCUUCACGCUCCUUACACUGAUCUUCACAAACAGGAUUUACAAUGAUAGCAAGUAGAUGACUCUGACCGCAAGCUCGGAAGUGCCGGCAGCGUCACGCUCCCAAACUCUUCGACCGCCCUUAACGUUGAGUAGUACGCAUCACCACCAAUACUUCAGACGAAAGAAUGAUUUUCCAAGCAGGGUGAACAGUCACUCUCUUAUUGGCCGCAGUAAGUACGCUCCGAUCCGCUCUUGGAUCAUCGCACGACAGAGGGAGGUAUUCGAAAGGUACGAAGAAGUCGGCGGGAGGGUCGACCAGAUCAAAGUUACGCAAGAGCCUGUUGAAGCAGCACGGAACAUCCGGAUCAAAGAUGUGAAAGCUUGCCAUGCGUGGAAAGCAUCGACUCUGCAGUUGUGGAAGCUGACAGCGCGGGAUGACCUGAAAAACGGGGACAACCUGCAAACCUACACAGUCGCCAAAUCAGUCACAGAUUCUACUGAAGGGCCCAGGGGAUGGACAGCUCACACAGAUCGCGAAGAUAUCGCGCGGAAAAACGUCAUACACGCGAUCGACGCAUACAGCGCAGCUCUCGAGCCAGCUUUAAAAGGCAUUAUCAUCCCAAAGCCUCAUAUUUGCACCAAAGUGUUACCACCACGCGCUUCGAGAGCCACCCGCAAUUCCUACGAAGCUCUGUUCUCUGAUGGCGGUCUUCUCAGUAUCAAUGCUCGUUGCAAUGCCGACGGUCAUGUCAUAUUUGGUGGGUCGAACCCUGGGCAGCAAGCGUUCAGCGACUAAGUAGAGAAGCAUUCAGAAACCUGCAUCAAUGACGGACUUGCGAACAUCGAAGGUGUGACUGACUGUGUCAAAAAGCUCGUUAACAAGAACUUCAGAGGAUGGGAUGAUGCUGGGCAUGGAUCUGGUGAAGGCUCUUCAGUACAGUUAGAGUAGUAUUAUAGGCUUGAGUGUGGACGACGUUCCGUUCGUAGCCGAGCUACACGGCAAACCUGGCUAGUCGGUAUGCGCUGGACAUCAUGGAUAUGGAAUGGCAUGUAUCUUUACAGUAGCACCUGGCUCAAUUAGAUCCAUGAGCGAAGAGACUUAUUAGGAGUUGGUCGGCUUACCUGAUAUGUAUCAGAUCACACCAAGUCAGUUGAAAAGGCUGAAGAGUGCAUCUGUUCCCAAGGUCACGAAAAUUUAGAAAGCAAUAGAUCAUGCAAGCAAAGGUGCGAUGAGCUCGGAU